AUGUCUCAUCCGAUUUCAAGGGUAUUCGAAGUCAUCAGCUUUAUAAGUGAGGCCUCAACUAAAACGUGCAUUCGUUUUGUACCAAGACAAAAUAAUGAACGAGCAUUUGUUCGAAUUAUACGUGAUGAUAAUACAUGUGGUGUAGCCAUAAUAUGUCGAACAGGCAACGAACAAUGGGCAAAAUUUGGUGGUGGAUGCAUAAAAUCAACAGUAAUGGUCCAUGAGCUUGGUCAUACACUUUGUUUUGGACAUGAACAAACUCGUUUUGAUCGUGAUAACUAUAUAUCGUAUAGGCCGGGAUGUAACCCCGAUGGAAAAGAUAAUAAUCACGAAACAACUCGUGAAUUAUUUUAUGAUUAUGUUAGUUCUCAACAUUAUAAUAACGAUGGUUGUUAUAACGCAAAAUUGCCUGGUGUUACAACAUGGGGCAGUGGAGACCGUGGAUUAAGUGUUUUGGAUAUAAAUAAAUUCAAUUCAUAUUAUGAGUGUGGUGGAUGUUUGUCAUACAGAUGGAAACCAUAUGCAAAAGUUGAUGCGAGUACAAUGAUUGCAGGUGGGAAAGAAUAUACGGGUGAACAACAGUACAUUUGUCGUGUUUAUCAUAAUGGUGAUAUUAUACCCGGGAAAGGAAAACCAAAUCAUGGAUGUUGGGUUGGAUAUAAUGGUGUAGAAUAUCACUAUACAGAUAAGUAUGAAAUACUUACAGAUCCGUCACGUAGUAAUUCAUAUGUUUGGAGACAAGACAAUAACCAACCAUCAAAUGCAAUUGCUGGAGGAAGAGAUAAUGUAAGAAAUACACUUUAUAUUUCAAAAUGUAAUUUACAAUUACAUGGAUAUAAUUUACAACUAACUGGUAAAUUUCAUAAUGGCGCAGCAUAUGCAACGUUCGCUGGCGUCGAAUAUAAAUGUCCAUCUGGAUCGUAUCAAAUACUUGUUUGUUAG